CCAGCUAUCAAACGUACUCUCUCACAACAUGUCCGACUAUAAAACCCAUUUCCUUUCCCACUGUUUUACCAUCUAUGAUUCAUUCGCUUCCCUCUAGCCUCUUCCUUCAUCCAGACACGCCCCAUUCUAGCAUUGACUGGGGAACUCGUCCUCUGACUUGCUGGCAUAUCACCCGGCUAUGUCGAGAGGGAGAUGCAAAGCCACUGACAGCCAUAGGCUUCGCUCGCCCUCACGGUGUCUUCGAUGGGACUGGGGCUAUGAGCAUCGUAAACGCGCUCAUCUCGGAAAUCAAAGGCUUGUCUUGGGCUAUCCCACCCGUCCCCAAACCGGGUACGAACACCAAUAUUGUGCUCAAGGUUCUUGAUGACCAGAAAAGGACUGAGGCGAGCCAACCGGUAGAGUUUGGAGGCUACACAGAUCUCAGGACUGUGGGUACGAUGAAACUCGUGUUCAGUCAGUUACGGAAAAGGAUUUUCCACGACGUACAGAACAAUCUGGUGAUAUUGAAAAAGGAUAUAGUGGAUUUCCUCGUUGCGGACGUCAGGAAAGCUCUGUCUCGGGAAGGAAAAUCAUCUCCCAGAGUCAGCACUGGCGAUAUUCUUGUUGCGUGGUUAUGGAAGGCCGUGUACGCGCAUUCGGCGGAUCUGGAACUCAGAGUACACUGCUCCAAUUUAGCAUCGUUUCGCGGCCUUCUUUCGAAGUAUGAUCCCGAAAUUCAGAAUUACCCUCACAACGCUUUCGUGCCUCUGCCGUAUCCUCGCUUUUCCAUCGCAGACUUGAAAUUGUUGCCAUUACAUGAUUUAUCCUACCGAUUGGCGUCCGCCCGGGUUUCUUUGUCCAUCUCACACGUUCAUUCAGCCGAACAGACCUUAAAGACAGCGACGUUUGCCGCACCCUUUCAUCCAAAAUCCGAUGAGACGUUUUUCAUCUCGAACGUCUCCGCAUCGCGUAUCCUCGAGGCUGACUGGACCUGCAUUGGCGCGAAGUGUACCCUUUGUGGGUUUCGAUAUGCGCUGACGGCUUUGGGUUCACCCCUGACCAAUGCCGCGUAUAUUUCCGGACGCCUACCGGACUCGAGCGUGUUAUUAGAUGUGAUUCUUAUGCGCUCACGAGUGGAGGCGUUGACCGCCGAAGUGGAUAGACUGGAGGCCCUUGUGGCUCCAAAAGCAUGAGGAUGCAACGUGUUGGCUACAUAUUGCAUGCGCUAUCGAUGGGCGGGACCCGGAACGACUGCAAAAGCCGGAACGAUUGGCAGGAUGUCAUGUUGUCAUUGUGGCGAGUGUCUUAUGAAAUUUCGUAGUAACUACUCUUUUAGCAGCUUUAUACUGGCGCUAAUACGCUAUAUACUAGAAACUAUAUUUAGUCUUCACGAUAGGAUAA